AUGACUUCUUCAGUGCAUGAGCUCUCUGAUAACAAUGAAAGCCAGAAGAAGCAAGAACUUCCAGCUUCCCAAACCCGACAACCGGUUCCUUCAGGACCAAGUGAAUCUAUAGAUACAAACUCCGUCUACUCAGAGCCCAUGGCGCAUGGGCUUUACCCAUAUCAAGCUCAUUACUACAGAAGCGUCUUUGCACAUCAACAGUAUCUUCCACAUCCAUAUCCUGGGGUCCAGUUGCAGUUGAUGGGAAUGCAGCAACAAGGGGUUCCGUUGCAUUGUGAUGCAGUCGAAGAGCCUGUUUUUGUUAACGCAAAGCAAUACCACGGUAUACUCAGGCGCAGGCAGUCCCGGGCUAAACUCGAGGCACGAAACAGAGCCAUCAAGUCAAAGAAGCCAUAUAUGCAUGAAUCUCGGCAUUUGCAUGCUAUAAGACGGCCAAGAGGAUGUAGCGGACGGUUUCUCAAUGCCAAGAAGAAGAAGAAUGGAGACCACAAGGAGGAGGAUGAGGAGGAGGAGGAGGAGGAAGGAACCUCUGAUGAGAACACUUCAGAAGCAAGUUCCUGCCUCAGGUCUGAGAAAGCAGCCAUAGCUGCUUCUGCUCCUAUUGGUAGAUCUUGA